CACAUGUUCACAGGUACUGUUUUUAUUGUUAGCUUUUUUUGUCAACAAGUCACACUGCAGUCAAACACCACUCCCUCUUGAAAGCACUCUGCAUUGUCAACAUGGCGAGGCGGAAUGAAGAUGAUAGCUACGUUAAUCCUCUCCUCAAAUAUACGGUUUUCUUAAGUAACUUCAUUGUUUGGCUUGUUGGUGCUGGUAUGAUUGGCAUUGGAACCUGGGCAUAUAUAGAGAAGAACAGUUUCAACCAGACACAAAUUGAAACUAUCUACGAUGCCUUUUUUGAUAUUUCACUCAUCUUUAUCGUCAUUGGAAUAAUUAUCUUUAUCUUAGGUUUUACCGGAUAUAUUGGUGCUUUGAGGGAAAAUAUCUGUCUCUUGAAAUGUUUCAAUAUUCUCCUAGGUGGAAUCUUUCUGAUCUUGUUAGGUGGUGCUGUGGCAGCUUUUCUCCUGAAAGACAAAUUCACAGACGAACUCACAAGCAUCUUCCAAGAGAAUCUUAUACCGAGAUACACUGAAGAUGAUGACACGAAAAAUUUAGUUAACUGGAUUCAAGAACAGCUGAAAUGUUGUGGCAUAGGAAAGGAAGGAUACAAAGACUGGAACCAAAAUGAAUAUUUCAACUGCACUGGUCAUGAAAAGAGAAUGGCCCAUGCCAUUGUUGAGUGUUCAGUGCCAUAUUCCUGCUGUAAAUAUCCUGAUGAAGUGAUUGCCAGUAAGACAAUAUACACGACAGGUUGUAUACCAGCUGCAAUACUUUUUAUUGAGAAUUAUUUGCCAGUGGUGGGCGGCAUAUUGAUUGCUUUCAAUUUAUCCAUACUGGCGACACUGUUUUUGGUCAGUUGUUUACAAAGUCAGAUUUCACGGCAAAGGGCUCGCUGGUGAAAAGGUCACUGUGAUACAAGGUGACACGAGUGAAGAAAAUCUCUUUUAUAUAUUUCUUUUUUUAUCUUGUUAUUUUUUUUUUCAAAUAUAUAUUUUUAUAUAUAUCCAUAAUUACUAUAAAUAUAACAGAUUUAAUGUUUACUGUUUUUGUAAUGUAAAAUGAAAGUACAUGGUCCAGUUGUUUGAGCAUCAGGCUCACAAUCAUCAGGUAAUGAGUUCAAUUCCCAGACCAGGCUGUGGACUGUGUUCUUGAGCAAGACAGUUUAUUUCACAUUGCUCCAGUUCACUCAGCCGUAGAAAUGAGUCACGAUGUCACUGAUGUCAAGCUGUGUCAGUCUUUCCUUUGGAUAACAUAAGUGGUGUGGAGAGGCAAGGCUGGUAUGUGUGGGUGACUGCUGGUCUUCCAUGAACAACCUUGCCUGGACUUAUGCCUUGGAGGGGAACUUUCUGGCACCUCCUCAUGUUGCACAAACAUUCGAAUGUCAUCACUAAAUCCUGCUGCAUAUCACAUGGAAUUUUUGGUCUUCCAAAGUCGUCUCGUUCUGUAAGUCAACCAACCAUUUUUGGCUGUAAAUUUUGAUUUGAAAAAUUUGACUUUUAUGUCAGAAAACAUAGUGUACAUGCACACACACACACAUUAAGGUGGUGACCUGACAGAAUUGUUAGGAAGUUGGCAGAAUCAUUAGCAACAUGACAGAAUCGUUAGUAAGCUAGCAGAAUCGUUAGCAACAUGGCGGAAUCGUUAGCAGGCUGGUGGAAUCAUUAGCAAGCUAGCAGAAUCAUUAACAUGCUGGACACACAGACAAAAUGAUCAGUGAAAUUUCAUCUGUCUUUCUGUUCUGAUUUCAAAUUCCAUUGAGGUCAGCUUUGCCUUUCAUCCUUUCAGGGUUGAUAAAUUAAGUACCAGUUGCGUACUGGGGUUGAUGUUAUCAAUUUACCUCGUCCUCAAAAUUUCAGGCCUUAUGCCCAGAUUAGAAAGGAUUUUAUUCAUACAUAUCCAUCCACUUCGGUGCCGUCCAAACAUGUCACCCCAAAUAGGUUGUUGUUGUUGUUCUUUUUGUUCAUGUAAUUUUCGCUGUUGUUAUAGUUAGCUAACUGGCUAUUUAUUUGGAUGGAUGGCUAGUUGGCUGGCUAUUUGGAUGGAUGGCUGGCUGUCGGUUGGCUGUUGGUUGGCUGGCAGGCUGACGUGGUGGCUGGCUGACCUGGUGGCUGACUGGCUGGUUGGCUGGCUGGCUGAGUAUUCAUUUGUCUCUCUCUGAUCACUUAAUUCUGAGGGGAAGGCAUCACAAAAGUUAUCAACCAGUCAAGUGCCCACCAAUUUUUAUCUAAACAUUGGUUGAUUGGUUUCUUAUCAUUUGUGUGUGUGUGUGUGUGUAAAUAUAUAAAGUUAUAAAUAACAAGAGAAAUAUGGCAUAAUAAAAUCUAUUUAACUAUUGCAUUCAUUCAUGUAUACAUUUGUUCUCUCACCCCUAUUUUCCAUUCUAUUCCAAUGCAUUUCCUCCUCCUACCACAACUCCCCACCUCAGCACUACAAUCCAUUAUAAUUUUUUUUUUUUUUGGUUUAUUCAUUUGAAGAAGAAAGAGAAAAUAAGAGAAAAGAAACAGUUAUGGUCUUUAGAAAUAAAUAUAUUUUUAAAAAUACA